AUGCAGACACCUUAUUUUCUUUUUGUUGCAGCCUUGGUCCUGUUGCACUUUAUCGCAACUAGCUCAGCUAGCAUAAUUGUAGCCAACAACCAAAACAACACUGUUGAUCUGAAUGCUCUUCUUGCCUUCAAAGCCGCCAUUUUCGAUCCCCAAAGGAUCAUUCCAACCAACUGGUCCACUUCUACCUCUGUUUGCAACUGGAUUGGAAUCACUUGUAAUGCUCGGCAUCACAGAGUCGCAGCCAUCAACCUUUCUUACAUGGGAAUUGUAGCAACCAUACCUCCAGAACUGGGAAAUCUUUCUUUUCUAGUCUGGCUAAAUGUUAGGAAUAACAGCUUUCAUGGACAUCUUCCAACCGAGCUAUCUCGUCUGCGCCGAUUGAAGUACAUCAACUUGGAAGGUAUAAUACCUCAAGAGGUUGGUAAUCUUAGCAAGUUGGAACAACUAGGCUUGGCCGAGAAUAGAUUGAGAGGUCCCAUCCCGCUGAAACUUUUCAAUAGUUCAACUGUACGAGUUAUUUCUCUCGCGGACAAUGAUUUAUCAGGCGAGCUUCCAUCAACUAUAGGUGUUUUCUUACCCAAUCUUGAGGAACUCCACCUUUGGGGAAAUGAAUUCACUGGAACUAUACUAACAUCUAUCUCAAAUGCUUCUAGGCUCAGAAUGCUAGACCUUGGAAGUAACCAUUUUACAGGUGCAAUUCCUCAUUCUCUGGGAAACUUGAGAUUACUGGAACAUUUAGGUAUAUCGGGAAAUGAUUUUUCUGAGGCCUCGCUAUCCAAAGAGUUGAGCUUCAUCAUAUCCCUGUCAAACUGCAAACAUUUAAGGAGUUUGUGGAUAGGUGAGAAUCCUCUGAAUGGCUUCCUCCCAAAGUCUAUCGGAAAUCUUUCCAGCUCACUCGAAUCCUUUCAUGCAGGUAGUUGUGGAAUCAAAAGUGAAAUUCCAAGUUCGAUUGGUAAUUUGAGCAACUUAAUAGAACUAUUCUUUCAAAAAAAUAGUUUGACAGGGUUAAUUCCAACUACAAUCAACUGGUUCUUGAAGCUUCAGAGGAUAGAUCUAAGCGACAAUCAAAUACUAGGUGCUAUUCCAAGUGAGUUUUGCAAUUUGCUGAACUUAGGAGAAUUAAGACUUGGACAAAAUAUGCUCUCUGGUAUGGUGCCUUCUUGUUUAGGAAACGUUACAACAUUCAGAUAUGUUUAUCUCAAUUUUAACAAUUUAAGUUCUAUGAUACCAACAAGCUUUUGGAGCCUUAGAGAUAUAUUGGAGAUAGACAUGUCAGGAAAUUAUUUGACAGGCUCUUUGCCUGCUGAAAUUGGAAACUUCAAGGCAUUAGUCUAUUUGAACCUUUCAAAUAAUCAAUACUUGGGUGGCAUACCUAGCACUAUUGGAGCACUACAGGAUUUGCAAGAACUCUCCUUGGAACGUAACAAUCUACAAGGAUUGAUACCAGAUUCCAUCAAGAAUAUGUUGCAGUUACGGCAUUUGGAUCUAUCUUUUAACCAUCUGGAAGGUGAAAUUCCCAACUCAUUACAGGUACUAUCAGAUCUCCAAUACUUUAAUGUGUCUUACAACAGAUUGAGAGGACCGAUUCCUCAUGGAGGGCCAUUCGCAAAUUUCACGAACCUAUCUUUUCUCUCAAAUGAAGCAUUGUGUGGCGCUCCUUGGCUCCAACCUUGUACAAGUACAUUUGAGCAUGAAUCAAGGACAAAAAGGAUAGUCAUGAUUGUUCUAUUGGCAUCAGGUUCUGUCAUAUUAGCCUUGGUGAUUUCAAUUUUUUUGAUGCGGUUAAAGUUGAGAAAGAAAACUCUAGCUGCGACUCAGAACUUGCUUCCCAUGGCGACAUUUGAAAGGGUGUCCCUUCACGAACUUAGACAAAUAACAAAUGGAUUCAGCGUGAGUAACUUACUUGGCUCGGGGAGCUUUGGUUCAGUUUACAAAGGAAUUCGUGAAAAUGGGAUGGUUUGGGCCAUAAAGGUAUUCAAUUUACAGCUAGAAGGUGCAUUUAAAAGCUUUGAUAGAGAAUGUGAAGUCUUAAGCUGCCUUCGUCAUCGAAAUUUAACUAGAGUAAUUACUGCUUGCUCUAGCCUUGACUUUAAGGCUUUGGUGCUCGAAUACAUGCCCAAUGGAAGCCUUGAGAAAUGGCUUCAUGUAAACCAUCAUGUCCUAAGUAUCAUGCAAAGGUUGGAUAUCACAAUAGAUGUGGCUUCUGGUCUGGAAUAUCUCCACUAUGGUUAUUCAACUCCUAUAGUUCAUUGUGAUUUGAAACCUAGCAAUAUUCUCCUAGAUUCAAGACAUGAGUAUGGACUGGAAGGAUUGGUUUCAACAAGUUGUGAUGUCUACAGCUUUGGAAUUACAUUGGUGGAGACAUUUACAAAAAGAAAGCCUAAGGAUGAGAUGUUCACAGAAGAGUUAAGCCUCAGGCGUUGGGUACAAAAUUGCUUACCAGAUUCUGUGAUUCAAGUUAUAGACAGAGACUUGCUUCAUCCUGAAAAUGAACUGGUACAAAAGAAGAUUAACUGCAUAUCAUCUGUCUUGCAACUUGGUUUAAGUUGUACAACAGAUGCCCCUGAGGAGAGAAUAAACAUGAAAGAAGUUCUAAGAGCUCUACAGAAGAUCAAACUCCAGUUUAUCAAAGACAUCACACCUUGA